CUCCUCCGGCAGUCUCGGGCUCAGAGCUCAGCCCUACACGUCUCCUCUCGCAUGCAACUCACAGAGAGGGAGAGACAGCGUGUCCUCCCCUCUCGCAGCGCCGCGGUUAUUCCCAGCCACCGAAGACCUGCUUUUCCCCCCCCCAACCCCCCCCCCAUCUUCCCCGCCACUCCCUCCCAGAGAGAAAGAGAGAGAGAGAGAGAAAAAAAAGAAAAAAAAAAAAAGAAAAAAAAAAAGGAGAGAGAAAGAUUGUGGAAUUUGAACCUUUCCAGAGAGGAAACACCCAGGAAACUCAGUUGAUUAAAUAUCAAACAAACAGAUCCCAACUCUUCCGUUUAACGGGAAAGGUCUUUGCUCUGGGGUCCCCGGAGGUGGGUUGUGAGCAGGACUGCCUCUGGCCAACACCAUGACACCUGAAUCUGCUACCACGCUGCACAGGGCCCUGCUCUGCCUGAGCGCUCAGCCUUUGGCCACGCCCCUUCCCUGGGCCUGCUGCUGCUAGGAGGUGGGACUUCCGGACUGGUCCUUGGCCCGUCUCUACCUCACCUGGCUCACCUUGUGGCUUGCUCCUCCUCCAUCACGGCACUCCUGACCCCAGCCUUGUCCCCGGCCUCCCUGGCUGGGGCCUUUGGGGGCCUGCUGGGAGGAGCACUUUGCUGAACGGUUUCCUCCCAUCCUGCGCACCUUCUCCUCCUCCUCGAAUCAGGGCCUCCGGAUCCUUAUGGAUAGCUGAGAUCUUUUCUUGGAGAAAGACACUUCCUGCUUACUUCAGCCCCUUACUCGCUCACCCGAUUGUCCUCUCUUCUGCUGCCCUGUCCGUCUCCCCUGUCUCUUCAUUGGAUUUCUUGCUCGUGUCCCCUUUCGGGACUAUCUUCUCUUUCCUCCUUCCUCACUCUCUCAAUAUCUGUGUCUCCUUCUGUCCCCCAACUCUGUCUCAUUUUCCUCUCUCUAUUCCACCACCCAAGGGAGAUCCUUCCCAAGGGCCGUUUCCUGGCUGGCUGCUCCUCCGGCCUCGAUCCCCACAGCCACAAUGACCUCCACCCUCCACUCAGUGUUCUUCACCUUGAAGGUGGGCAUCCUGCUGGGGUCUCUGCUGGGGCUCUGCUUGGGCCUCGAGUUCACGGGUCUCCCUAACCAGUGGGCCCGCUACCUCCGCUGGGAUGCCAGCACACGCAGCGACCUGAGUUUCCAGUUCAAGACCAACGUCUCCACGGGGCUGCUGCUCUACCUGGACGACGGUGGUGUCUGUGACUUCCUCUGCCUCUCUCUAGUGGACGGCCGUGUUCAGCUCCGCAUCAGCAUGGACUGCGCCGAGACUGCUGUGCUGUCAAACAAGCAGGUGAAUGACAGCAGCUGGCAUUUCCUCAUGGUGAGCCGCGACCGCCUGCGUACAGCACUGGUGCUUGAUGGCGAGAGCCAGCUGGGGGAGCUGCAGCCCCAGCGGCCCUACAUGGAUGUGGUCAGUGACUUGUUUCUUGGUGGAGUCCCUGCUGACAUACGGUCUUCUGCCCUGACCCUGGAUGGAGUACAGGCCAUACCCGGCUUCAGGGGUCUCAUCCUGGAUCUUAAGUAUGGCAACUCAGGGCCCCGGCUUCUGGGGAGCCAGGGUGUCCAGUUGGAAGCCGAGGGACCCUGUGGUGAGCGUCCUUGUGAGAAUGGUGGCAUCUGCUUCCUUCUGGAUGGCCACCCCACCUGUGACUGUUCUACCACUGGCUAUGGAGGCACGCUCUGCUCAGAAGAUGUCAGUCAAGGUCCAGGACUCUCCCACCUCAUGAUGAGUGAACAAGGUAGAAGUAAAGCUCGAGAGGACAAUGUGGCAACCUUCCGUGGCUCGGAGUACCUGUGCUAUGACCUGUCUCAGAACCCGAUCCAGAGCAGCAGUGAUGAAAUCACCCUGUCCUUCAAGACCUGGCAGCGCAAUGGGCUCAUCCUGCACACGGGCAAGUCGGCUGACUAUGUCAACCUGGCUCUGAAGGAUGGUGCGGUCUCCUUGGUCAUUAACCUGGGGUCCGGGGCCUUUGAGGCCAUUGUGGAGCCAGUGAAUGGAAAGUUCAAUGACAACGCCUGGCAUGAUGUCAAAGUGACACGCAACCUCCGGCAGCACUCAGGCAUCGGACACGCUAUGGUAAACAAACUACAUUGUCUGGUGACAAUCUCUGUGGAUGGCAUUCUUACCACGACGGGAUACACUCAAGAGGACUACACCAUGCUGGGCUCAGAUGACUUCUUCUACGUGGGAGGAAGCCCAAGUACAGCUGAUUUACCAGGUUCCCCUGUGAGCAACAACUUCAUGGGCUGCCUGAAAGAGGUUGUUUAUAAGAAUAAUGACAUCCGUCUGGAGCUGUCUCGCCUGGCCCGGAUUGGGGACACUAAGAUGAAAAUCUAUGGUGAAGUUGUAUUCAAGUGUGAGAAUGUGGCCACACUGGACCCCAUCAACUUUGAGACCCCAGAGGCUUAUAUCAGCUUGCCCAAGUGGAACACGAAGCGUAUGGGCUCUAUCUCCUUCGACUUCCGCACCACUGAGCCCAAUGGCCUGAUCCUCUUCACACAUGGGAAGCCCCAAGAGAGGAAAGACGCCCGGAGCCAAAAGAACACAAAAGUUGACUUCUUUGCCGUGGAACUUCUUGAUGGCAACCUGUACUUGCUGCUUGACAUGGGCUCAGGCACCAUCAAAGUGAAAGCCACUCAGAAGAAAGCCAAUGAUGGGGAAUGGUACCAUGUGGACAUUCAGCGAGACGGCAGAUCAGGUACCAUAUCAGUGAACAGCAGGCGCACGCCCUUCACAGCCAGCGGGGAAAGCGAGAUCCUGGACCUGGAAGGGGACAUGUACCUGGGUGGACUGCCAGAGAAUCGUGCGGGCCUCAUCCUCCCCACCGAGCUCUGGACAGCCAUGCUUAACUACGGCUACGUGGGCUGCAUCCGCGACCUGUUCAUCGACGGCCGCAGCAAGAAUAUCCGGCAGCUGGCGGAGAUGCAGAAUGCCGCCGGAGUCAAGUCCUCCUGUUCCCGCAUGAGCGCCAAGCAGUGCGACAGCUACCCCUGCAAGAACAACGCCAUGUGCAAGGAUGGUUGGAACCGCUUCAUCUGCGACUGCACGGGCACCGGGUACUGGGGCAGAACCUGCGAGAGGGAGGCCUCCAUCCUGAGCUAUGAUGGCAGCAUGUACAUGAAGAUCAUCAUGCCCAUGGUCAUGCACACCGAGGCUGAGGAUGUGUCCUUCCGUUUCAUGUCCCAGCGAGCUUAUGGGCUCCUGGUGGCUACUACCUCCAGGGACUCUGCGGACACACUGCGUCUGGAGCUGGAUGGAGGGCGUGUCAAGCUCAUGGUUAACUUAGACUGUAUCAGGAUAAACUGUAACUCCAGCAAAGGACCUGAGACCCUGUAUGCGGGGCAAAAGCUCAACGACAAUGAGUGGCACACGGUUCGGGUAGUGCGAAGAGGAAAAAGCCUGAAGUUAACCGUGGAUGACGAUGUGGCUGAGGGCACAAUGGUGGGAGAUCAUACCCGCUUGGAGUUCCACAAUAUCGAAACCGGUAUCAUGACCGAGAAACGUUACAUCUCCGUUGUCCCUUCCAGUUUCAUUGGCCAUCUGCAGAGCCUCAUGUUCAAUGGCUUGCUCUAUAUUGACUUGUGCAAAAACGGUGACAUUGAUUACUGUGAGCUGAAGGCUCGCUUUGGUCUGAGGAAUAUCAUCGCUGACCCUGUCACCUUCAAGACCAAGAGCAGCUACCUGAGCCUCGCCACCCUCCAGGCCUACACUUCCAUGCACCUCUUUUUCCAGUUCAAGACCACCUCAGCUGAUGGCUUCAUUCUCUUCAAUAGUGGGGACGGCAAUGACUUCAUUGCGGUGGAACUGGUGAAGGGGUUCAUACACUACGUGUUUGACCUUGGGAAUGGUCCCAACGUGAUCAAAGGCAACAGUGAUCGUCCCCUGAAUGACAACCAGUGGCACAAUGUCGUCAUCACUCGGGACAACAGCAACACGCACAGCCUGAAAGUGGACACCAAGGUGGUCACUCAGGUUAUCAAUGGGGCCAAGAAUCUGGAUUUGAAAGGUGACCUGUACAUGGCCGGCCUGGCCCAAGGCAUGUACGGCAACCUCCCGAAGCUUGUGGCCUCCCGCGAUGGCUUCCAGGGCUGCCUGGCCUCCGUGGACUUGAACGGGCGCCUUCCUGACCUCAUCAAUGAUGCCCUCCAUCGGAGCGGGCAGAUUGAACGUGGCUGCGAAGUUGCGUUGACCAAAGCUGACCUGCAAGGACCCAGUACCACCUGCCAAGAAGACUCUUGUGGCAACCAGGGAGUCUGCAUGCAACAGUGGGAAGGAUUCACCUGUGACUGCUCCAUGACGUCUUAUUCUGGAAACCAGUGCAAUGAUCCUGGUGCUACGUACAUCUUUGGGAAAAGUGGUGGCCUCAUCCUUUACACCUGGCCAGCCAAUGACAGGCCCAGCACGCGCUCUGACCGCCUGGCUGUGGGCUUCAGCACCACUGUGAAGGAUGGGAUCUUAGUACGCAUUGACAGCGCUCCGGGACUUGGUGACUUCCUCCAGCUUCACAUAGAACAGGGGAAAAUCGGCGUUGUCUUCAAUAUUGGUACAGUUGACAUCUCCAUCAAAGAAGAGAGAACUCCUGUCAAUGACGGCAAAUACCAUGUGGUGCGCUUCACCAGAAAUGGUGGCAAUGCCACGCUCCAGGUGGACAACUGGCCAGUGAGUGAGCAUUAUCCGACAGGCAACACUGAUAAUGAACGCUUCCAAAUGGUAAAACAGAAAAUCCCCUUCAAAUAUAACCGGCCCGUAGAGGAGUGGCUGCAGGAAAAAGGCCGGCAGCUAACCAUCUUCAACACCCAGGCGCAAAUAGCCAUUGGAGGAAAGGACAAAGGACGCCUCUUUCAAGGCCAGCUCUCUGGGCUCUAUUAUGAUGGCCUGAAGGUACUCAACAUGGCAGCUGAGAACAAUCCUAACAUUAAAAUCAAUGGAAGUGUCCGGCUGGUGGGAGAAGUCCCAUCCAUCUUGGGAACCACACAGACCACCUCCAUGCCACCAGAAAUGUCUACGACUGUUAUGGAAACCACCACUACAAUGGCUACUACUACAACUCGCAAAAACCGCUCUACAGCCAGCAUUCAGCCAACAUCAGAUGACCUUGUUUCAUCUGCUGAAUGUUCAAGUGAUGAUGAAGACUUCGUUGAAUGUGAGCCGAGUCCAGGUAGGUCAGGAGGUGAAUUAGUUAUCCCUCUUCUUGUAGAAGACCCUUUAGCUACCCCUCCUAUUGCUACUCGUGCACCUUCCAUUACACUCCCCCCUACCUUCCGCCCCCUCCUCACCAUUAUUGAGACCACCAAAGAUUCCCUGUCCAUGACCUCUGAGGCGGGGUUACCUUGCUUGUCGGACCAAGGCAGCGAUGGUUGUGAUGAUGAUGGCUUGGUGAUAUCUGGGUAUGGCUCAGGGGAAACCUUUGACUCUAACCUGCCCCCUACUGAUGAUGAAGAUUUUUACACCACCUUCUCCUUGGUAACAGAUAAGAGUCUUUCCACUUCAAUCUUCGAAGGUGGCUACAAAGCACAUGCGCCCAAGUGGGAAUCCAAGGACUUUAGACCUAACAAAGUCUCCGAAACUAGUAGGACUACUACCACAUCUUUGUCCCCUGAGCUGAUCCGCUACACAGCUUCCUCCUCGUCUGGGAUGGUGCCCAAAUUGCCAGCUGGCAAAAUGAAUAACCGUGAUCUCAAACCCCAGCCUGAUAUAGUCUUGCUUCCGUUGCCCACUGCCUAUGAGCUAGACAGCACCAAACUGAAGAGCCCACUAAUUACUUCCCCCAUGUUCCGUAAUGUGCCCACAGCAAACCCCACGGAGCCGGGAAUCAGACGGGUUCCGGGGGCCUCAGAGGUGAUCCGGGAGUCGAGCAGUACAACAGGGAUGGUCGUCGGUAUUGUGGCUGCUGCCGCCCUCUGCAUCUUGAUCCUCCUGUACGCCAUGUACAAGUACAGGAACAGAGACGAGGGGUCCUAUCAAGUGGACGAGACGCGGAACUACAUCAGCAACUCGGCCCAGAGCAACGGCACGCUGCUCAAGGAGAAGCAGCCCAGCUCCAAGAGCGGCCACAAGAAACAGAAGAACAAGGACAAGGAGUACUACGUGUAGAGCUGGCCACGCUGAAAGCGCGCGCCCUGAGACAGCGCUCUUUCUGUAUGCAUACACGGAUGCUUUGGCAAUGAGAUUUCACAGAUG